AUGACAUGUAAGUGUGAACCAAAUAAUUUAGUUAACGUUUUACAUAUGAUAAAGCCACUACUUUCAUACAUCCCCGAUGUAGUACAGCCAUCUAGACAAGUUACAUUUCAAGAGAAAUUUAUUUGGAGUACUCUAGCAAUUUUAAUUUACAUGAUAGCAUCACAAGUCCCUCUUUUUGGUAUUAUUGCAAGUGAACAAGCUGAUCCAUUUUAUUGGAUGAGGAUGAUGAUGGCCUCUAACAGGGGAACACUUAUGGAUUUGGGAAUAUCUCCUGUGAUAACAGCUUCGAUGAUUAUGCAGUUUUUGACAAUGUCAGAAAUUAUAAAAGUAGAUUUUUCGAUUAAAGAAGAUAAACUUCUUCACGGUGCAGCCACUAGAUUAAUUUCAUUAAUAGUUACAAUUGCACAGGCCACUGUACAAGUAUUUACCGGAUUUUAUGGUCAACCUAAGGAUCUUGGUAUGACUUAUUGUAUUCUACUUAUUGUACAAUUAAUCUUUUCGGGGCUUAUAAUUAUUUUAUUGGAUGAACUGUUACAAAAAGGCUAUGGACUUGGAAAUGGUGUUAAUCUUUUUAUCGCCGCAAAUGUGUGUGAAAGUAUUGUAUGGAAAGCUUUCAGUCCCAAAGUGUUUUUCACUGGUAGAGGUAUUGAAUUUGAAGGGUCUGUAAUUGCUUUUUUCCAUUUAUUAAUAGUAAGGACUAACAAGCUUUCUGCUUUAUACGAAAUAUUAUUUAGACAAAAUUUACCGAAUCUUUUUACUUUUUUAGCCACUGUUAGUCUUUUUAUUUUUGUUAUUUACUUGCAAGGAUUGAGAGUAGAGCUUACGACAGAAUCUACACAAGUCAGAGGACAAACAGGAAAAUACCCUAUAAAGCUUUUAUAUACAAGUACUUCUCCUGUAAUAUAUCAGAAUUAUAUUGUAUCAUACUUUUGUACAAUAUCAAGAUUAUUGUACAAGUGGAAGCCUACUAAUAAUUUUAUUAGAAUUUUAGGUAUAUGGGAUACUGUUGGGACUGGUAGGAUGCAUCCUCUUAGAGGUAUUGCUUAUUAUGUGUUUCCGCCAGACAGUAUUUUUGAUUUGUACCGUCGACCAAUUUAUUUCUUAAUUUAUUUAGGUUUUACUUUUUUAUCAUCUUCUUUUAUGAGUAGAGCGUGGAUUGAAAUCUCUGACACUACACCUUCACAAGCAGCUAGUAACUUAAAAAAAAACAGAAUGACUUUGAAAGGAAUUAGAGAAUCUAAUAUGGAAUCCGUAUUUUCUAAAUACAUUCCUACUGCAGCAUUAUUGGGUGGUUUUUUUACUUCUUUGGUAGUUUUACUUUCUAAUUUAUUUGACACUAUAGGAAGUGGCACGAAUGUUUUUCUUGCAACUUCUAUUGUUUAUCAAUACUUAGAAUUGUUUGCUAAAGAAACUGCUAAGAAGAGUGGAUUAUCAUUUAUUGAUUAA